CUACUUCUGCACUUACCAAUAUCCUCUCCGAUGUAUUCGUGAGUAGAUCAAAAACUACCCCGAAUUCGCUUUCAAUUAUUAUUUUAUUUCUGUCUUUUCUUUUAAAAAGUUAUUUCAAAUGUCUCUUAAGACAGGAGCCUUUAAACAACUUAUCAGAUGUCCCUGUCUAUAUAUCUCAAGUCAGCAAUGAAGUUGGAAAAGGUUUAUUUGCUUCUAAAACCUUCAAAGCGGACGAAAUAAUUUUUAAGGAAGUUCCUUACGUUGCUUAUCAACACAUUGAUAAUGAGGAACUUUGUCUAGUCUGCGAUUAUUGUUUCCGGUUUGUUGGUAAUUUUUGUUGUCAGGUGUUACACCUAUUAAAAAAUAUUGAUGUUAAUGUUGAAUUUCUUGAGUUGCAAGGCAGAAAGUAUGAUGAAUUUUAUACGGAGUUAUUUCCUUGCGAAAAGAGUUGCGGUGCUAUAUAUUGCAGUGAAAGCUGCAGAAAUUCCGCUGCGGAAGUGUAUCAUGACCGUUUAUGUUCCGGUGAGUGGGAGGCAUUUGAAUUUAAUCCAGUACUUUUGCUCCGGCAAUUUGCUAAAGAAACCAACGAUGCAUUCUAUUUAGCUGCCAAACUUUGUGUGAUGCUUGUGAAGAAAGCAGAAAAGCUCCGAAAUUUUGAGUUGGCUGUGCAGGAACUCAAUAAUUUUAUGAAGAGGCCGUGGUGGAAAAUCGUCUCGGGCAGAGCCGAUGACAGUUACUUACGUGGCGUAAUAAAGAGUUUGUGUAGUCACUGUGCAACUUUAGUACGAAAUUGCUUGAAAGAAUCUCCUUAUGCACUACACGUAGAUGGAGAGUUAAUUAGUACUCUUAUGGGGAUUUUUGAAAUCAAUAAUGCUGACUUGGUCGUCAUCAGCCCCGUCAAUAAAGUUAUUAACUCGCGAGAGGAACUUGAGCCGCUGGGUAGGCUACUUAACACAUACCUCGCCCAGCGUUCGGGAAACACCGCCGCGCAGGACGACCGGCCGCUGGAUCUCUGCUGCCAGGGAAGCGCGCUUUACUCUUUGCAGUCCUCAAUGAACCACUCUUGCGCCCCCAAUGCUGUUCUCUUUAAAACUGAAAAAGACCUAGACGGUCACGUGGUGGUCCGCGCUUUGAGGUCGAUCCAUGAGCACGAGGAGAUCCGGAUCAGCUACAUCGACGAGUCCCUCCCGCUGGAAGAGAGACAGCGGGCGCUGGAAGAAUACGAGAUUUUCUGCCGAUGUCCUCGUUGCGAGGAUGAUGCCGCUCUACGUUCCAGCUGCUAUGGAAUAGAUGCGCACUCCGGUAGGGAAAGUGCAUCGGAAUUUUUUAACUGCCAAGCUAUGGUUAUCAAAAGUUGGAUUAAUAGAGUUGGGUUUCUAGCAAUACAGCGGAAAGAGGUAAGCUCUGCUGUAGGAGCGCAUCACUGGCAGUUAAGCGAGCAGCUGGCACGUUUUGGGUAG